AUGGCGAGAUUCACAGAGGUGAAUCUCGCCGCAUUUAUAUUCGUGGGUUUCUAUUCGUUGCAAAGAUGCGAGGUACAGCUUUAUAGUACAACGCUGUACCUCGCAUCUUUGCCACGGAUGAGAAAUCAACAAACGUUUGUUGGUUUUUUCGUUUGCGGGAAAGAUGCGAGGUACAGCUUUGUACUGUGUAAAGCUUUACCUCGCAUAUUUUCUGCGAAUGAGAAACCAACGAACGUUCGCCAGUUUCUCAAUCGCGGCAAAGAUGUGAGGUACACCUUUACACAGUACAAAGCUGUACCUCGCACAUCUUUCCCGUAA